UCGAAGGAUUCGCAUUGUUUAUAAUUAAAAAAAAAACGUUCAUAUGAACUUAGAAGAAAAAGAGUGUUUCAUAUAUUUUAAAAAGAAAUAGGUGUGUUUCAUAUAUACUUAAAAGAAGUGCAAAAUAUUUUUCACAUUUUGGAGUUAAGAAAAAAUUUGUGUUUGAUAUAUCAACGGAAUUAACAUCUUGUGUUACAAAAAUAUUUUUAAAAUAUAAGUGUGGAAAAGUUUAUAAAAUUACUAAUACAUAAUAUACAAAAUGACAGAAUAAAAAACGAAAAUAUUAAUCAUAAAAUUAAGUUAUAGUUAAAACAAAAUACAAUCGAUGUUAUUUUUUAAUUUGCCAAUGAAAAGUGAAAAGAUAAAUUUUAAGAUGAGUUUAACCAUAUUAGUGUUGUGUUUACAAAUAACGAAGAUAUACGCGGCACCGGUCUCAUCACACCAGUCACUGCAGUUGGAAUCUUCAAGAUCGUUGCAGCAACAAUUAUUGGCAUUACAACAGUUGCAGAUGUUAAAGCAGCUGAAUGUAGUGAAUACGCCGCUUGGAACGAACACAGCACCACCAUUGAUAAUAAUAGUACCAAAUCCAUUACAAAAUACAAUAUCAGAUGCGAACAACCUUUUAAAAUUUUCCCCUGCGCCCAAUUUAGAAGAUAAGAACCAAUUAAAAAAUACUAACAAUGAAGAAGUCGAUGAAGAAUUGGACUCUGUUAUUGUAAAUGCAGAAUCUGAAGAUCCUAACGAUGCUCUUGAAGAAACACAGAAAGCUAUAUUACUUGUACCUAAUAGAGGUAGAGUUUCUAUAGGAGGUAUAAUAUCGGCGAUACCAUUUCUACCUAUAGAAAUCAACGUUCCAGAUACCGCGUCGUGGAUAUAUAACUGGAUUUCUAGUAUUAUAUCAGGUAUUGGACAGAGAUGGCCGUUAAAACCUAAGCCUCAAGAAACUCCUCAAGAUACCAACUUAAGAGUGCUGCUGAAACAGUUACAAAUUAAAAAGCAAAAUCAGGCUUUGCCCAUUAUAAUUAUGCCUGUCUAGAUGCCUAUGAUUCCAGGACAGCUUUUGUGAAAUAACAUCAUCAUUUCAACCAUUAACCAAUGUUUGUCUUCAUAGUUCUACCCCAUAAAAUUUCACAUAGAAUGAUCCUAAGAUACAGUCAUAAAGUACCAUAAGAAAUGACUUUGAGAUAUCCGCAUUCAUUCGACUUCCUGCAAUACAUUCAUACUUGUCGCACAAUUUAAUGGGAAGUUCGAAGAAGUGUACAAAAAUUACGAUGCAUUUUACAAGAAUAUAAAAUGUUUCGUUAAUUUAAUGACUUAAUUAAGAUUUUUAGAAGAGAUCACAUUCGAUCUCUAGACCAAACAGUGUAUUACAGAUAAAAAUGAAUCCUUUUUUAGGAAUUAUGAUAUAACAAAAAUGUAUUUAAGAUAUGUAAAGCAUAUUUUAACAUAUACCAUGUUACAUCUGUGUUGAUUGUGUUUAAUCAGGUUAACAAACGUUUAUUUAUAUAUUUAUAGCUAAAUAUAGUUCAAAUGCCAGAACAAAUAAUAUACCAAAUAUCAUGUUAUUAUAGUUUUUACAUAGUAACAAACCUGCCCUUAUUCAAAAUAAUUAAAAAAAACCAGCGUGACAAUAGUUACCUCUUCUAUUUAUAUGGGAAAAGACUGUAAUGGGUUGUGUACAGUUAUAGUGGAUAUGGUAGGCAUUACAGUUAUAAGAAAUCCUAUUAAUUUUUUUAAUCAAUAAAUAAACGAUGGUCUGAAUAAUUUGUAUAAAUAAAUAAUAAAAUAUUUUCUACUACUAUCUUUGCUUUUGCUUGUUUUUUUUUUUAAUCUUUGUAUUAAGUUAGUUACUUAAUAGGUGUCUGAACUGGACAUGUGCUGGUAAGGCAUAAUUAUACUAUACAAGAUGGAUCUCACGAACACACUGGACAGAUUGUGCGGUGAAACAUCGGAAUCCAUGGAACACUUGAUGUGCAACUGCGACUCGUCCUCAAGUAUGCGUUUGAAUCUACUAGGAACGGCUUAUACAGAGCCAGGGGACUACA